GUGGCAGUUUGGGAGGUGACAGUUGAUAGUUGUGAAAGUUGUUGUCUCUUUGAGAUUCGUGAAAUACGCAGCUUUUUAGAAUGCCUCUGAAAGAACAAAGAAGUCACUGGCACUCGACUAUAAAAUGCUAAAAAGUUUCUGGUUCCAACAGCACACAGCCAGCAUCAGGUGUUUUCUUUUUUGAUAAAUGCGGGCGGGGUGUGAUGUGAGAGAACUUUUUGUGUUUUCCUGUGAGAAAAAGAUAGUAGAAAAGAAAGUAAACACAUUGAAAUGGCAAAUCUCUUUCUUCCUCCCUCCCCUCUGAAUCCAGCAAUCAAAAAACUGUGAAUUUUUUAAUAUUUUUUUUCACUGUCAGUAUUCAGUAUAACUGUGAACUUUUUAAAGGAAGAUGUUUUAUUCUUUGAGAACCUCCUUACUAGUUAGAUACCUCUAAGUGAGAUAUAGUUGUUUAACUUUUCCAAGGGCGAAGUCAGUAACAUGCUGGACAGUUGAGUACAUGCAGAUAAGACAAAGAAAUGAGACCUGGGCCUAGUCCAAGCCCAUAAAGUAUGGCAGUAAAGUCAAAAUUACCCUACAACUUCAGGCUAGGAACUACUACAUGCAAUGAGAUGGAAAGGCUACUAUUCCUAAAUAUUUAGUAUUUAUUUUAUUUAGUCAUUGUCCGUCUUAUCACUUACCCUCAAAAUAUUCUUUUGAGCAGUAAGUUGAGGCUGUUCUUAGCUCGCAGUUGAUUGACAACCAUUACUCAAACCAUUUCGGCUGUUGGAGCUCACCUUUAAUUAACAAGAUUCUUAUGAAAAACUUGAGAAAGAAAUCUGAUUGUAGGUAUUCCUGUACUUUCGGAUUAGUCUACGGCUGAAAUUUCGCACUCACUCCGAAAAGAACAUCAGAAUCAUUUCGACCAUGUUAUGCUGCACAAUAAGGCGUAGUUCAAACGAUAACUUUUUUUUGAUCCCAGGUGUUUUAUUAUAGGGUUUUCUGAUAGUCUUACCGGAAAGGCAGUUUUCGUUCUGCUUGGGAAUCUGGGGAUGUCUCUAGCCAUUUCCAAACUUCUACAGUGCUUCCCCCACGAACUAAAGAUAACAGGCAAGUAGUUUCCACUGGAACUGUGUUAAAUCGACAUCUGAAAUCUUCAUUGCUUAUAACUUGAUCUUAUUUAAUUUCCAAAAAAGUCAUUGGUUACUAGGUAUUGCUAAGUACCCACGUUUGGGAAACGCAUCUUUUUUUUUUUUUUUUUUUUUUUUACUGUUAUUAAAACCGAGGGUGGGGGGCUGAGGACGCACGUGGGAACGCACCAGGCGCUUCAGCUUCUGCACUACAACUCCCAGAAGGCGCCGCGGCCAGGAAGCCGCUUCUGGACGGGCGUUCCCGCCCCUCGCUGGGCUUGGUAGUUGGGGCGCAGGCGCGGUGGCUGGGCGCGGAGUGUGAGUGGCCUGAGCCCUGCGGGUGACAGCUUCAGGGCUUCUCCGGGACUGGACCGGACGCCGCUCGAAAGCGCGCCCUCCAUUCGCGCUGCUUGUUGGGCUCAUCAUGAAGCGCUUGGGCUCCGUGCAGCGGAAAAUGCCGUGUGUGUUUGUGACAGAGGUGAAAGAGGAGCCUUCCUCCAAAAGGGAGCAUCAGCCAUUUAAAGUUUUGGCAACUGAAACUAUAAGUCACAAGGCAUUAGAUGCAGAUAUAUACAGUGCAAUUCCAACAGAAAAAGUGGAUGGAACAUGUUGUUAUGUUACUACCUAUAAAGAUCAGCCAUACCUUUGGGCUCGACUAGAUAGAAAACCCAACAAACAAGCUGAAAAAAGAUUUAAAAAUUUUCUACAUUCAAAAGAAAACGCAAAAGAAUUUUUUUGGAAUGUUGAGGAGGACUUCAAACCAGCUCCAGAGUGCUGGAUACCAGCAAAGGAAAUAGAACAAAUAAAUGGGAACCCAGUGCCUGAUGAAAAUGGACACAUUCCUGGUUGGGUACCAGUAGAGAAAAACAACAAACAGUAUUGCUGGCAUUCCUCUGUAGUUAAUUAUGAAUUUGAAAUUGCCCUGGUACUAAAACAUCAUCCUGAUGAUUCUGGACUUUUGGAAAUUAGUGCAGUGCCACUUUCAGAUCUCUUAGAACAAACACUGGAGCUCGUAGGAACAAAUAUCAAUGGAAACCCAUAUGGGUUAGGGAGCAAGAAACAUCCAUUACAUCUUCUUAUACCACAUGGAGCAUUUCAAAUAAGAAAUCUACCUUCAUUGAAGCACAAUGAUCUCUUGUCCUGGUUUGAAGGUUGCAAAGAGGGUAAAAUUGAAGGAAUAGUAUGGCAUUGCAGUGAUGGCUGUUUAAUAAAGGUCCAUCGCCAUCAUCUUGGCUUAUGCUGGCCAAUUCCAGAUACUUACAUGAAUUCAAGACCAGUUAUUAUCAACAUGAACCUGAACAAAUGUGACUCUGCCUUUGAUAUUAAGUGUUUGUUUAAUCAUUUUUUAAAAAUAGAUAAUCAGAAAUUUGCUAGACUCAAAGAUAUAAUAUUUGAUGUAUAAAAUGCAAAUAAAAUUAGUUUAUCAUUAUAUUCUAAUCUUGAGUAUUCUACCAUAUUUAAAAAUAUCUUAAGGUUCCUGUUCAUUAUGAAACAUCAAUAUGUUUUCUACCAUUUGUGAAGAAAUGAAUUUUCCAGUUUCAAGUACCUAUUCAAAAUUUUAUUAAAAACCAGCAAAUUAAUUUUAAUCUCUAGCCAUAAAAACAUAAGUAAUAAUAAGCUCCUAAGCUUGUACAAAGGCUGGAUUCUCUCCACUAUAACUGAGUGGUAAUUUAAAGACAACAAUUUAAUGUCACUAAUUUUCAAAAUUAAAUAGUUUAAGCUCAAUUUAAUUUUGCUAGAUAUUUAACAAAAUAUACGGCUCAACCUCAUAACCUAUAUGUGUGUAUGUCUACAUCUGUAUAUAUAUCAUAGGAUUUGAGAAUCUUAACACAUAUAUAAAUAUAUAUAAACUCCAAUUUUAAAUAUUAAAAUUGCUGAAUUUACCCUCAUAUUCUUUCUUUAAAAAACUUAAAACAUUAUGAAUGUAGAGAAAUUCACCAGAGCCCGUUGCCUAUUUGAUGGCCAUAACAAGUCUUCAAGUAUAUACUUUUAUAAGUUGAAAAUUUCAUAUAAUUUUAUUUAUUAAGAAUUCCAAUCUAAGUAUAAAGGUACAAGGUAGUGAGAAGGAAAUACUACAGUUCAGAGAACUGCUUAUUUCCAAGUAUAUUUUAACUUAUAAAGUUAAUAAAUAGUUAAAUGAAACACAGUUUAUAGGUGACCUUUAGUAAAUGGGGAAAUUAACAGGACUUUCUUCUUCAUCUUCAAACUCUUCAGAAGCAGCAACAGGGCUAGUUAAUUCAACUCCCAAUUGUUCUGAAAGUUUUUUUACCUUCUCUUCUAAGAGAAUAUUCUUCUUCACUUCUUCCUUGUAAUUAUACUUAAGAUCUUCAAUUUCUUCAAAAAAUGAAGGAUCAAAAUUUUCCAGUUCUUUUUUCAGCUUUUUUAUUUCCUCCUAAUAGAAACAUUAUCUUUAAAAGUUGCAUAUAGGAAAUAUACAUAUUUUAGGUUUGAACUAAGAGAUUUAAUUGUAAAUAUGAAAGCCAAAGUAUUCCUGAAUGGUCGAAUACAGCAAUAAAGGCAGAAGAAUUAAGAUUUUUCUUUGUUCCAUUGUACAGUGUAAAUAACUAAGUUGUUAACUGUCAAGUCCAGUUAUCUAUUCUGUAAGUUGUAUUCUAGUCUUUGACUAAAAUUUAUCAUCUCUUAUAGUGGGACUUAAUCUUUCUCUAAAAGCAUAUAAGAUCCUCUCAAUAGAGCAAUCAAUCAAAAAGAUUUUGUGAUUCAUAACAUUGAAGUUAGUCUGGUUGAGUUUUGGUUUAGACUUCAUUUAUAUUUUCCUUACGAAUAUCUAAUAUUUAAUGAAUAAUGAUCAACUUUUUAUAAAGUUAUGAUCAGGGAAACCUUUGGGACUUCUGACAAUUAGGCAUCUGGUGAAGAGACAAUUCAAGCCUUAGUGACUAUUUAGAAUAGCCAGUGAUCACUAGCUAAUUCUCAUAUCCAUGCCUUUUUGUCCUGUUUACAGUCUUAAAAGAGGUAAAACAUAGCAAAUAUUUUUUUAAGGGAACUAUAACCUUAGGAUUCCUGAAAAGAAUUUCAAAAAAAACUAAAGACACUGUUGCCAAUGUGACCCAAAACUUAAGAACAUACUAAUGGCAUAUAUUUGUUACAAUUAAAAAAUAAAUUUACUACUUAAUCCUA